AUGCUGGGCUAUGACCUAGAAGGAGGGGUAGCCUGGAACAGAUGGUGCUUCCCACCCACCACUGGGCGCUCCACCAGGUUCUGGGUGAUCUGCGCAGACAUGGCGGCCCAAUAUACAGUCCCUGACCCAACCACCCCAGCGAAGAUGUUCAUGACUUACCAAGGCCUGGCCAGCUACCUAUCCAGUGGAGGGGAUGACUACUGGGUGGUUGACACAGACUAUAACCACUACGCACUGAUCUAUGCCUGCCGGGUUUUGAGAGAGGACGGGACUUGCGCUGAUGGCUACUCCAUUGUCUUCUCCCGAAGUCCUCGGGGCCUCCCCCCGGCUAUUCAGCGGAUUGUCCGCCAGAAGCAAGAAGAGAUCUGCUUGUCUGGACAGUUCAAGCCAGUGCUUCAGACAGCUCCCCUGAGCUCUGAGCAGAUGGCAACCGUCUCCCUAGACCUUGCUUCCUGUUGCUCAGCUCUCACUCUGCUGGUCCUCCUCUGCUCCUGA